AUGAAGCCCUGGAUUCUCCUACUCACGCUUCUCACCUAUGAGCUUGUGAUGUUUCUGCCCGUGCUGGGAGGCCUCAAGAACAAACUUGUCUAUGGACUAAAAGACACUGAUCAAUGCUGGGUACAGCCUCCAUCAUUAAGGUAUUGUGUAAAAAGAUGCACUAAAUUAAGGGAAUGUUCCUUUCCAAAUCACACAUGCUGCUGGACCUACUGUGGAAACAUCUGCAUGAAUGAUGAGUGA